AUGUCUUGGUUUGGAUCAUCUACAUCCACCCUUCAGCUAGAACUAGACAAUAAAAUAUCAGAAGCAACUUCAGAAGCCAUCCCCAAUGGAGAAAUUGACUUAUCGGUAGCCUUGGAAAUCACUGAUUUCAUCAGAUCCAAGAAACUACCAGCUCAAGCUUGCAUGAGAAGCUUGAAGAAGCGGUUGAAUAUGGUUUAUUCCAACCCGAAUUUGAUCACCAGUACUCUCAAGUUGAUUGACUUGUGUGUCAAGAAUGGAGGUUUCCAUUUUCUUGUGGAGUUGAGUUCACGUGAGUUUAUUGAUUACUUGGUUGAUUUCAUCUUGAAAGUUCAUUACAAUGUUCAAGAGAACCUGGUGAAGCAUGAGGAAUCAAAGUAUCAAGUAGGUCAGUUUAUUUUGGGGUUGAUCAACUCGUGGCAUACUGCUUUCAAGGGGCAACUACAAUUGAACUAUGUUGAGAAAAAGUAUCAAGAAUUGGUCAAUGAAGGGUACAGUUUCCCUUCGAAUGAUGAUUCUAUUAUAGAUUCGAAAUUUGUUGAUUCGGAAGUACCACCCGACUGGAUUGAUUCCGAUUCAUGUAUGAUUUGUUACACUCCAUUUUCGAUGUUGAAUAGAAAACAUCAUUGUCGUGCUUGCGGUGGCGUAUUUUGUCAAGACCAUUCCAAGAAUAACACAACACUAGUGAAUUUGGGAAUCAUGGAUCCAGUUAGAGUCUGUGACAAUUGUUAUGCUAAACAGAAGCACAAAACUCAGGGCAAGGGGCCAUCCACAGGUGGCGGAAGACGAAGAGGAUCAAGGGAUAGAGUCGAUCUGGAACAAGAUGAAGAUGAACAAAUGAGAAGAGCUAUUGAAUUAAGUUUGCAAGAUAGUGGCGUUCAAAUUGAUGCACCAAAGGAGCCACCAAGAAGAUCUGCCGGCACUAGUAACAAGGCACCGGGAAAAGAAGAGGAUGAAGAUGAGGAGUUGAAAGCUGCAUUGGCAGCAAGCUUGAAAGAGUAUGAACAAUUGCAUCCUGCAUCACAGCAAUCACAGCAAUCACAGCAACUGCAACAAAACACUGGAGUACUUGAGAAUCCAUUUGAAACUGAGACACAACAACCAGCUUCGGAUGUGUACAAUAUAGAUUUUACAUCUAGAUCGAAUUCUCAGUAUUUAUCUGCUGACGCCUGGCAAGGACAAUUUCAAUACGCACCAGCACCAGCACCAGCACCAGCACCACAGCAUCAUCAUCAACAAAAACAACAACAGCAACCUCAAGAUCUCUCUCAAGCUGAAGAGGAGCAGAUCAAUUUGUUCAUCACUUUGAUGAACAAUGUACGUAAUGACCCAAAAAAACAAUCCAACAUCAUGUAUGAUCAAAACUUGAAUGAAUUGCAUUCUCAAGUGAUACGAUUAAAGCCAAAAGUCAAUAGGUCAUUACGCGAGGCAAUGGAUAAAUACAGCCAAUUUGUUGAGAUGAGCAACAAAUUGAGCACAAUCACUAGACUAUAUGAUCAGUUUUGGGAACAGAAAUUGAAUGCAGGUAUGAGUAACGUUGGUCUUGGACAUGGAAAUGAGUAUCCAUCAUAUCCGCUGGUUGGGUAUUCAAGACAGCCCAUUAGUCAACCUUCAUUGAGUCAGCAGCCAAGUGGAAUUCCACCAGCUCAACAGGUUUCUUAUGCACACUAUAACGGACAGGUUCUUUCGGAGCCCACAUUUGAAACAUCUUAUCUGCCCACAACUCCCCGCAAUGAUCUCUAUAGUCGUCCUACAGAGCCCAAUUUGGAAGAAGAUGAGGAAGCGAAUCAACAGCAACCAUCCCAACAAGGGCGCAAUUCAUCGCAAACAGUUUAUCCAACAAAAGAGUUGGAUUCCGGUGAGAGUGAUCAAGAAAAGGAAGCCAAUAGUGAUAAUAAGAACGACUAUGUUACUGUGUCAUUGCCGCAUUACCCACCACCGGAGGACUUGAGCAACGAGUUGCCGCCACAAUCAUUUAUUCGCCAUGCAACUAGCAAUUUGCCUCCUAAUGCAUACGAGGCUGCGUCGGCAAAGUACCCUACUUUGGACGAUGUUGAGGAGGACUACAAUAGGGAGAAUCCAACACGAGAGCAACCGAAACAGCAACAACAACAAGGGCAUACCUUGGAUGAGCUACCCCAAUUGCCCAAGAACUUACCUUCUUUUGAACAAAAUGAGGUAAGCGAAAGAGAAGCCAAUCAUAGUCGUAAACAACCACUGUUUGAACCUGAACCGUUGAUAGACUUGUAG